CUUCAUUCGCUAGGGCUCUCUUUUUGUGACUGGGCGGCAUGAGCUCCGGAGUGGUCGAUCAUGGAUAUGGUGUGCGGAGUGAGCUCUCGCUGGCGUGUCGAUGGUUGAUUAUGUAAGCAUUUUCCUUAGUCUCUACUUCAGCGCGUGUCUUUUUUAUCUUUCUUUCUUUCUGUACAAAAAGGGGAAUAAUUACAACACUUUAUGAUACGAUUUGAGUCUGUGGUAGAGGUUCGAGGGUGUGUUGAAUUGAUGUUUGGGAUAAGGGCAUUGAGGAUAUAUGUUUCGAGUACAAGUCACUGAGGUUGUAGAUGUGUAAUGUUUUGACGCGAGUUUUGGAAUAGAGAUUUUUUUUCUUUUUUUUUAGCAAUCGGUUGAUGUGAAUUGUAUGACGCCUUUCUAGAGUGUAGAGCAAGGAGUUAUUGAAGGUUGCUUGAAGCGUCGUGUGGGAUUGAAUGAAGGUUUUUGAACUACGGGGUUUAGAAAUGAGAUUCGAUUACUGAGUGGUGGUGUGGAGCAGACGCAAGAAAGGAUAGGGUGAGAGAUUUGAGUAAACAGGGUAUGUGCGGGAUAGGUGAGCCUUAGAGAUGGCAUUAGUGGAUCGUACAAGGGAAAGUGAAUAGCAUUGGUUCUAGAGAAGCUUCGGUUGUUGGAAAUAGUGCAUUCUGGUUGUGCGUGGGAACGUAAUAUGUAAUAAUGGAGGAGGAGCUGGUGAGGAGCACGAUGCUUUCGAUUACCCGUUCCAGAAGGAAUGUCCUUCUUGCGUGCGGUGCCCUAGCAGCAGGCGGAUAUGUGACUUACAGGGUUUACCAUUUCCGGAAACGACUCCGCGUAUAUCUUUUCUUCCAGUCUUUCUCGUCUCUUCUUGAGGUCCUCUCUCAAGGGAGCAUCUCUUUUGCUAUCAUAUUGAGUGACCUUCAUGGAUUUCUCGUCUCCGACAAAGACGAGGUGCCACAGUCCAUCAAGCAGCUUCUAAAACUUGCGUCCUCUCAUGAGGCACAAGAGGGCAUCGCCGCGCUGUCGGCCGCCGUGAGUCGUGGAGUUUUGUCGACAUUUGUCAGUGGCAAGUCUGUUUCCUUGAGCCUUGAGCAUGAGGAGCAGACUCGGAAACUACAACCUUUGCGGAGCACCUCGUUGAGUCCAAGGGGAGCUGGGCAUCCCGAGGAAACGAAAAACGUGAUUAAGUGGAGUGGCGAGGAUAUUCGUGUCUUGCAAGAGGGUAUUUCUCCUACCUCUACCUCUCUGGAUGAUAGAGCUCUAUCACCAGAUGAAGAUGAAAACACCAAGGAGUUCUCGAAGAAUUGCGAUGUAGUAUUGGAAGGCAACGGUUGGACUAAUGCUGGAAGCAUUCUGAACCAUGCCAAAACUCAGGUCAGUUCAUCGAUUGUAAGAGGCACGAAGGAAGUUCUACAAGAAGGAUCAGGUGUUGGGUCCGAUGUCAGCGGGAACGGAGAAAGAAUUCUUUCUGGGAAACGGAAAGGCAAAGAAGAUUUGGUGGACAGGCUGGUUGAUAAGCUCUUUUCUGAUUCCGGAAAGGGUUUUGCAUCGGCAGUGGUGGCCUCUGCCUCUCGUAGUUUCGUUGCCUCUGUCAUAGAAUACAUCAAUACUUCUAACGCUUUGUCACGAGAAGACGAAUCGGGAAGUGGAGGUGGACUCGUGAAGAGUUUAGUUGCAUUUGCAAGCAGUGUCGAGGGCAGAUCAGCUAUGACGGAAUGUAUUCAAAAUUUUGUUGGAACUGCUGUAUCGGUAUAUCUGGAUCGGACGAAAGAUAUCAACACUUUUGAUGAACUUGUAGCUGGAUUAGUGAAGCCGGAACAUCGAGGUCCAAUCACUGAUCUGUUGACUACUGUUUGCGAAGUCUCGACCAGUAGUUUUGUGCACUCCUGUCAUGAGGCUAUUAAAUCAGAUCCUAGCAGCUCAAAGUAUAAUGCAGUGAGAAGGUCAACGGUGUUUUGCCCAGAUUUUGAUGACACGUUUCAUGACAAUGACGACGUAGAUGUAUUCUACGACAUGGGAGAGGAGCCUUUAUCUCCAUGCCAAUCUCCCGUCAAAUGGAAAGGAAAGACCGUUGCGGAGAAAAAUGAAGCAAAGCCCAUCAACUAUAUUGAUCAGAUUUCCAAAGUAAUUGCUGUUCCUAGCAAUCGGAAAUUGAUCCUGGAUAUUGCUGGAACUAUGACUGCCUCAGGUGUCAGGUCAAUGAUUGAUGUUUCUCUGGGCAAAGUUUCAGCGGCUUUUGGUAGGAAGGGUAAAGCUCAAGCCGUGAAGCAGGACUUCGAGACUUCCAAAAGGUCGGGAGUUGGAGAGAAACUGCAGGCUGUUGGGGACGCGACCAAGGCAGCAAUGGACAAGUCAACGAUACUCAUGACGAUGUGCUAUGCAGUCUGUCUGCAUUCUGUUUUGGGUGGAGUUAGAAUGAUUCAACCAUUUUAGGUUCAGUUCAACUAUUUGAUGUACAAUAAUUCCUUUGAUUACUCAAUGAUUACCGCCCUGACUCAGUUGUAAAUUUCAGAUGCGGUGAGUCUAUUGAGUCAUAGUUCAUUUCCACCUUGGGUACACUUCAAGGCUGAUAGGUUUGUAGGUUACCCUUGUUGUGAUAAUUUCUCCAAAUUCUUCAAAUUAAAUAUUUGGAUUAUAUUGAUCGAA